AAAAACACUUGUAUGACAAUGAAAAGAAAUGGUUGGUUUUGACAUAACUAGCCUUUACACAAAUAUACCGAUCAACAUGGCUCUAGAGGCAGUUAAAAAUGGGCUUAAGAUUGACAAUGAGCUUACGCAUCGAACUGAGGUGCCGGUCGAGGAGAUCGUUCUAGGAGUACGAUUGUGCCUGACAUCUACACUUUUCAAGUUUCAGAAUAAAAUAUAUAAACCAGCUGAAGGUGUUGCCGUGGGACCACCAAUAUCCCCUAUCAUCACAGACAUAUUUAUGGAUAGUUGGGAAGAGAUAGAUGUUCACACAUUUAAUCAUACUCCAAAGAUAUGGUUCAGAUAUGUAGAUGAUACGUUUACAGCACUGAAAUCGGAUGACAUCAACAGGUUGUUGACACAUAUAAAUUCAGUAGUGAAUACAAUCCAAGUCACCUGUGACUUAGUAAGUGAUGAAAGUGAGCUAGCAAUGUUGGAUUGCAAGAUUAAAUGAACAGAAGACGGAAGUCUAGGGACUAGUGUCUUUAGGAAACCUACCCAUUGGAAUUGUUAAUUCGACUUCAAAUCCUUCCACUGGAUUUCAGUUAAAGUAGGCUUAGUUAAGUGCCUGAGUGAUGGGGUGAAAAAGCUUACUAGUAGAACCAUAAAAUGUACGAC